AUGUCACAAGAACAUCACCAAAAGAUCCAUCUGAACUUGAAGGAUGUCAAGCAUCUGCAAAUCCAGUUCGCCAAAGCUGCCACAGAUAAGUUGAACUUGUAUCUUCCCACAUCAGAUCAUUCAGAUCCAUUGAAAAGCAGAGUAUCCUCACUGGUCAAUGAUUUCAUAUAUGAGAUAUUUGAAGCUUCUAAGAACUCACUAGAUAUAGAUGGGGCUACUGGAAAUAGAGACUCGUUGAGGAGCUUGUUGGAGAACUCAACAAAUGAGGUUGAACCUUUUGAUUUUUCAUUACAAGAUCAAGUUAGAAAAGCAUAUCAAGAGGUUGAACAAGAAACGAUCAAGUUGACAAAGAUGCGUAGAGAUGCACCAUCAGAGAUCAAGAAGUCAUAUGAAGAUUCACUAGAACAGUCCUUGUCCAAAAUUGAAACACUCCAGAAGGAACUGGAGAAUUUGGAGAGUGAAAAUGAAGCUGAUAUUGAGAACCAUGAGGAUCAAUUCAAACGUGGUGUUAGUUCUAGAUUGGAAGAUAUGAUUUCAGACUAUGAGGAAUCUAUGAGAAGUAUAAAAGAGAUUAAAGAUCAAAUGCCACAAGAAAGAAAUGAGAUAGAAAAAUUGAAUAAUAUAAUUGAGUUUCUACAACAAAAGUGA